AUGCAAAAUUUGUGCAAAGUUGAAUUACUGUACGGCAAACUGCUGUGCAAGACUAAGGCCAUAAACCAGCAACCGGUUAGGUACACUAGAAAACCCAGAUGGUUGCCGAAAGCGCCGACCAAAAUGUUCCGGGUGCCCGUUCGACCACAGAUUUCCACCGACGAGAAUAAAGAACUGUUCCGACUGUUCACCAACUACAGGACUACCAUGAAAUCCAUACAGAAACAACUGGAAUAUGAACUGGAGACAUCGUAUACGGGUCAAGAGGUGUUGCAAGAAAUUGCCCAUAAAGAAGAAAUGUUAUGGGCGAAAUGCAUGGAUGUCAACGACAAUUGGAAUGCUGAAGUGGCAACAGAACGGGAACAGAGGUUGGCAAGUGAACGUGAGGCCCAACGUGAAGAAAUUUUAGCUCAACUGAUAGAAAAAGAAGAAGAUAAAAAGAAAAAACUAGAAGUGGUUGAGGAAAUUAUCAGAUUAGAAAAGGAAAAAUCAAAAACUUAUAUAACCGUUGAAAACAUAGAUGAAGCUAUUGAAAAGGCCCUAGACAAUGUGGUUGAUCAUAAAUAUGCUUUAGAUUUAGCUGGUAAUAUUCUCAGAGGUAAUGAUCCAAACGAACCAACUACAGGAACAAUGAGCUCUCAUACACUGCGAGUCCAGUCAAUCAACUAA